AUGGAGAAUCCGGACUCAGAAACGCAGGAGACGCCAAAAGAACCGGAGGCGAACAACGACGAGUCCGGAAGGUUCGAAUGGGCGCCGCUCGAGUACGACGCCGCCCUUCAGGCGGAAGGCCUCUUCGGACUGGAGGUUCUGCACGACGAAAGCGGCCUUCCACCGCUUAAGAAGCCCAAAGCUGUCAAGGAAAAGGUGAAAAAGAAGAAAACGCCUGUCAAGAAGCCGGCAAAAGAGGAGGAAACUGACCCUUCAGAGCAGCUUUCAGACGGCGAAAUAGAGAAAGCAACCCGCCCUUGGAACAGCCUGCUAUUCGACGAUUGGCAGAUACCAAUCCAAGUGCGGCGCAACCUUCAUGCGCAGGGGAUGCUCUCGCCCACUACCAUACAGAAAUUGGUCUUCAAACCAUCCCUAAGUGGUUCCGCGAACAUCGUGGCAUCGGCGAAAACGGGAUCAGGCAAAACGCUUGCUUUCUCACUGCCCAUCAUUCUGUCGUUGCUGAAGCACGAGCGAACGGAUGACGAACGCCCGAUACUCUGCCUGGCCGUCCUUCCCACCAGGGAACUCGCACUGCAGGUCAAGGACACCAUUGCACUGCUGCUUAAGGGCACAUCAAUGAGCGUUUUUGCGCUCAUUGGGGGCAUCGCGAUCCAGAAGCAGGAAAGGGUCCUCAAGUACAAGCCCGAAAUUAUCGUAGCCACACCAGGCAGGCUCUGGGACGCCAUGCAGGAGCUCGACAUUAAGUUUAACCUGAAGUUUCUGGUGCUGGAUGAGGCUGACAGAUUGGUCAGCGACAAGGCUUUCAGGGAGCUGGGCUCAAUUGUGGCCAAGGUCAGGACCACCCGCACCCAGAACUUCAUCUGCUCCGCUACAAUGCUAAACAAAAAGAAGGAGCUGAGGGUCAUUUUUAAACUGCUAAAAAUCAAGAACCCGACCGUUUGCGUUGCCUCGCACAAGGGAGACGUGGUCAUGCCCUACGAUCAGUUCGCGCAACAGAAGUUUUUCAAAAUAAAGGAGGACGAAGAGACGUGCAACACGACGCUACCGGAGAAUCUCACGUUCCAAGUCGUCAAGUGCUUAGACAACGAAAAGGAGCUCAAGCUCGUUGCAUACCUGAUGGAGCACUACUCGAACGUGGAGCACGGCAGAACCAUAAUCUUCGUGAACAGCAUCUCCUACGCAUAUCGGCUCGAGCCGCUCCUGAGCUUAAUUCUCUGGAGAGACAAGCACGAACUCAGAAUCGCAAAAUCGCACUGCAUGACCCUGGACAAAGAGUCCAAGGUCAACUACAUCACGAGUCUGCACUCGAGGCUACGGCAAAAGCAACGUCUCAAGCGACUAGAACAGUUUAACAAACAUGACAAGGCGAUUAUGGUGUGCACUGACGUGGCCGCGAGGGGCAUAGACCUGCCCAAGGUGGACGGGGUAGUGCACUUCCAGCCGCCGAGAAAUGCAAACCUCUUCAUACACAGGUCGGGGCGCACAGCACGGCUCACCGCAAAAGGUACGCACGCCAGCAGCGGAGUAACAAACGCAUCAGGUGCGGCAAUUUGUAUUUGCGAAAGCUCGGAAGCCGAGACGUGGGAGAAGCUCUUCAAGGCCGUCAACAGAAGGAUGGACGACGAGGAAGAGAUCCUGGGCUGCAUACCGCCGAAGCAAUACCAGAGGUACAAGAAGCUGUUGACGUUGGCAAGCUCCAUAGAGGCACAGGAGCACCAGGUUGGCGAUGGGAAUGGCAAACAAAACAACGCUUUGCAGCUGACGAAGGAAGCCAAGACGGAGUCGUGGCUACACACCUUCGCAAAGGAGGCGGAUAUCGUGCUCAGCGAUGAAGAACCGGACGAGGAGGCCAGGCACAGUCGAUCGACUACCUACAAGCUCCUCAAGGCGGGGAAACGCAAGCUUCUCAAUGUAAGUCCCAACCGCAUCGAAACCCCCAAAUCAAACGCAGUUGCGGUAUAA